UUCCUCCCCCCCCAUCUCUCUCGUAAAUGUUGCUACUUGGUAUAGCAUUAGCAUAGCCCUCCUGUUGGACUCUCAGAUAUUUGAGUGUCAUCCUUGAAUUUGGAGUCAAACUUCAUCUUGAUAUCUGCAGUUAACAACUACCCCCCUCACACACUUUAUUCCCUUCCUUCCUAUUCGAUUCUUUCUUAUACCCAUUGCAAGCUUUCAUCAAUACCACCUCACUGUCACACACUCACACUCACUCUUUCUUUCUCUACAUUGUCCUUUCAUUCUUGCUUUUUUACUGUCUCUAUACAUACAUACGUACAUGUGUGUAUAUCUUUUUGUAUAAGUUUAUAUCAUAUAUUCUUGAGUUGAGUUCUCCCCUUUGUCUCAUUCCACGCUAUGUUUCUUCUGUACGCUACAAAUGCUCACAAAUGAUCGCAUUCUUCACUUCAAUUUCUCAAAAAAAGAUUCAAUCUUUAAGUCUCAAUUCUUUUGUAUCCAACAAAAUAACCACUAACCCUUGAUUUUCUUGUGAAUUAAUUGGUGGGUAUUUAUGCAUUUUCAAGUUUUGGAACAAUGAGAGGUGAAAACUGCAAGAAAAACAAGGUUUCAUGGCCAAAAACACUCAAGAAAUGGUUUAAUGUCAAGAACAAAGCUGAAGACUUCCAUGCAGAUGCUUUUAGCCAUGAAGAUAAUGAUUUUAACGAAAGAGAAGCGUGCAUCAUCAACAAAAACAUAAGAAGAGAGAGAUCAACCAAGAAGCAUGCUCCUCCUCACGUGAGGGAAGUCAAUGAUUAUAGGAUCUUUGUAGCUACAUGGAAUGUUGCUGGAAAAUCACCAACAGGUUCCUUAAAUCUUGAAGAUUGGUUACAUACUCCACCUCCAGCUGACAUUUAUGUUCUUGGAUUUCAAGAAAUUGUCCCAUUAAAUGCUGGAAAUGUGCUGGGCACGGAAGAUAACGGUCCGGCUAAAAAGUGGCUAGCACUCAUUCGAAGAACGUUAAACAGUCUUCCGGGCACAAGUUAUGAUCCAAAUUUGGAACUAGAUUCAGAUUUUGAAGAAUUAAAAACAGUAAAAAACACGUCAUUUAUGAGCCGUAGCAUGCGGAUAACAAAGAGUGACAUGGCCAUGUCACAACCGAGACUUGAGCGUGGAUACAGUGGCUCGGACCGGAUUGUGUACAGGAACCGGGUCAAUGGUUAUGGCCUGAACCUUGGGGAUUCGGAUGAAGACAAUGAGCCAGACGGUUUACGUUUACCCGAUAGCAUACGCGAUCCGGAGACAGAAUAUUGUGAAUCUAUGAGUGGUAAAAAUCCGAAGAACUCUAGGUACUGUUUGGUUGCAAGUAAGCAAAUGGUUGGUAUUUAUCUCACGAUAUGGAUAAAGAGCGAUCUUAGAGACAAUGUUCGGAACAUGAAAGUGUCAUGUGUUGGUAGAGGAUUAAUGGGCUAUCUUGGAAACAAGGGUUCGAUCUCAAUUAGCAUGACGUUGCACCAAACAAGCUUUUGCUUCAUAUGUUGUCACUUAACUUCCGGUCAAAAGGAAGGGGAUGAACUGAGAAGAAAUGCUGAUGUCAUGGAAAUCUUGAGAAAAACUUGGUUUCCUCGAGUUCAAGGCACCAGAGACGAAAAAUCUCCUCAAACUAUUCUCGAUCACGAUCGAAUAAUAUGGCUUGGUGACUUAAAUUACCGGAUUGCCCUCUCUUACCGGUCUGCAAAGGAUCUCGUUGAGGCGCGCAACUGGGGGGCUUUAUUGGCAAAUGACCAGCUUCGGAUUGAACAAAGAAGCGGACGUGUAUUCAACGGGUGGAAUGAAGGGAGGAUAUAUUUCCCUCCAACAUAUAAAUAUUCAAAUAAUUCAGAUAGAUAUGCAUGCAAUGAUAUGCAUCCAAAAGAAAAGAAAAGAACUCCAGCAUGGUGUGAUCGUAUCUUGUGGUAUGGUCGAGGGCUCCAUCAAAUGUCUUAUGUUCGUGGGGAGUCAAGAUUUUCAGAUCAUAGACCCGUGUACAGCAUAUUUAUAGCGGAAGUAGAGUCAAUAAACCGUUGCAAGAUCAAGAAAAACACAAGUUGUUCUUCAAGGAUUGAGGUCGAAGAGCUAUUACCGUAUUUACAUUGAUAUUGAGAUGUUAGCAUACAGGGCAUGUGUUUAUUAACAAAAGAUGAUUUAUUGUUGGCUGACAUCGAUCUAUAUGCCAAAUUUCAAUAAAAGGUUGACCUUUUUGGCGAAGAAGUUGACCACGAAUAUGAUUCGCAGAAUUCGUUAACUUGCUAUCGCGAUGCUUUGAUUCUAUGCAGAAACGCAACCCUCACGAAUCGAUUAAGAUUUGAUUUGGAGGAUGAAAAUGGCUUAGUUAUAUUGUAUAUACACAAAUCAGAAUUCUUUCUCUUUUUGUGAGAUAUGAUUGAAUUAGACAUUUUUGCCCUUUGUGAAUUGACAGUGUAUUAUUGUAUCAAGCUCAGUAGAUGUAAGUUAGCAGGGGCAAUAAAGUCAUUUGAUAUUAAAUUUUGUACAUUAUGUAUUGACAGUUGCAUUUUUUUAAAUAAAUGGUUAGAAGAGUGUUGAUUGUUC